GCUGUCUUGCUGGUCCUCGCCUGCUCCGCGCGUGCACCCUGCAGGGCUGUGGAUCCGCUCUGCCCUGCUCUCUGCUGCUUGGUGCCACUUGGCGUGCCGCCCGGCUGUCCUGCCUGGGCGGCGCAGCGCAGUGGUCGGAGCAGCCGCCCUGUCGGCUCCAGAGAAGGUGCCCGCGCGCGCCCCGGCCCAGCGGCGGCGUCUCCAGGCGCUGAGAGUGCAUCCAACCCAGCAACCGCCAGAACAGAAUGGGCGUGGAUCGCGCCGAGGACCGCAGCCGCUCCCCCCGCAAGAACGGGGCCGCCGAGCUCCCGGUGGACGCCGAGCUGCUGGACGGGCACAGUGCCAAGGAGAUUUUCGAAGACAGGAGCGCGCGCGUGGGCUUCACGUACGACGACCUGAUCUGCCUGCCGGGGCAGAUCAAUUUCGGGGUCGCAGACGUCACGCUGGAGAGUCACUUCACCAAGAAGAUCAAGCUCAAGACUCCAAUCGUGUCCAGCCCGAUGGACACGGUCACGGAGUCGAGGAUGGCCAUUGGCAUGGCCCUCGAGGGCGGCGUAGGCGUCAUCCACACCAACAUGACCAUCGAGGAGCAGGCGGAGGAGGUGUCCAAGGUGAAGAAGUACAAGAGCGGCUUCAUCACCGACCCCAUCUGCAUCAAGCCCACCAUGACCCUGCAUGACCUCGACAGGCUGGCGGAGACGUGUGGCUUCACCGGGUUCCCCGUGACCGAGGACGGCAGGAUGGGCUCCAAGCUGCUGGGCCUGGUGACGCGACGGGACACGGACUUCGUCAAAGCCCGGAAGGAGACCUCGGUCAGUCAGAUCAUGACAAAGGCGGCCGGCCUCGGCGACUUCCUCGCGCGUUUCCGCGCGGCCGCCGCGUCGCGACCGCCCGAUGGCGCCCUGGCGGCCUAG